CGUCGUUCCCAUGACUUUCCCCUGAGCCAGGAAAAUGUUUUUCUGAGCGUGAACAGCUGAGAGCGCAGUGUUCUUACCGCACACCCUCCAGGUCCAGGGACACGCGUACGUUGGAUUUAGUGCGGCUUCGGCGAAAAGGCGCGGAUUAUGUAGGGAAGAAGAGCGCCGCUUCACCGCCCUGUACAGCACGGGACAGCGGCGCGAGUCCCUCGUGCGCUCUGCGAGACCCGGCGCGGGGAGGUGCUCCCCGACACUUUUCAGCACGGUGUUUAAUCAUCACGGUCUACAAACGAUGUCAGAAAUGUUUGCCUGGAUACUGAGAGGUCAUGUGCUUCUGCUGCUACUUUGUCCCAACGUGCUGGAUGGUCAACGCAUUGCAGAAGACAGGAAGGUUCUUUUGCGGUCGGAGUCCCACCAAGACCCCAGAAUAAGAGAAGGUGGGAAGCCUGGUUCCUGGAGCUCCUGGGGGCCAUGGGUGCCCUGCACACGGUCAUGUGGGGGUGGGGUGCAGGUGAGGACGCGCUCCUGCCAGACAGUGGACCCUAUGGGAGGAGCACACGGCCACAUGGUUUCGGCUUUUCGCCCCACGGUACCCCAGCACAGCAACCCAUGGUGGCAGUGGCGCAACACCACACAUCUCAGGGGCUACGGGGAGAAAAGAGGGCAGAUGCCAGGCCUUCGAGACUCUCACUUUGGACACAGAGACAGUGGCAACAAGCGGAUCGUGCCAGGGAAGUACGGCUACGGCAAGAUGCCCUACGUUAUGCCUCUCCAAACCGAAUGGACCCAGGACCAGGGAGGGGCCCGGGCACGCAGGCUAAGGCAAUUGCCCUUGCAAGGUGAACCAUCCCAAUCAGAACACAGGAAUCAGCCUGCCAGCCCAGCCCUGUCCAGGGCCUCUCUAUACCAGCCUGACCCAGGCCAAGGCACGCAGUGGGCCCUGGUGAGCUCUGGAGCAUGCACUGGAACCCAAAGGCAGCACAGGAUGUGUAACACCAAGCCGUGUCCCCCAGGCAGUCGACACAUCAGGAACAUGCAGUGCUCAUCGUACAACAGCCAGCCCUUCAUGGGCCGCCUCUACGAAUGGGAACCCUUCACAGAAGUUCAGGGGGUCCACCACUGUGAGCUGAACUGCCGCGCCGUGGGUUUCCGUUUCUAUGUGCGACAGUCGGAGAAGGUGAUCGAUGGGACGCCGUGUGGCCAGAAUGAGAUGCUGGUCUGUGUCGAGGGGACGUGUCAGAGUCUUGGCUGCGAUGGCUACCUCGGCUCAGGCAGGGUGAUGGACAUGUGUGGCGUGUGUGGGGGGGGCAACACCACUUGCCGUGUGGUGUCAGGAGUCUUCACUCAUGCUCUGACGAAGGUUGGCUACCACAAGAUUGUGGAAAUCCCAGAGGGAGCCACCAAGAUAAAUGUUACGGAGAGGAUCAAGAGCCGAAAUUACCUUGCUCUGCGCAGUCGCUCUGGGCGCUCCAUCAUCAAUGGACAGUGGACCAUUGACCGACCCGGGAAGUAUGAGGGUGCAGGCACCAUGUUCACGUACCGCCGACCCAGUGAGAUUAGUAGCACGACUGGGGAGUCCAUCCUGGCUGAGGGGCCCACGAAUGAGAUCUUAGAUGUCUAUAUGAUCUACCAGCAGCACAAUCCUGGAGUUCACUAUGAGUUCAUACUCCCCAUUGAGAAUCCACAGACUCGUGUGGACAUGAGGCUUCAAGGAAACACUUUGGAUGAUCAAGAUAGGUACAUUCAGCCUGGAAACCAAAACCAGGAUGGGUAUGAACAGCCUCCUCCAGUACUGGAUAACCAGGUUCCAGUACCCCAGACACCCCAGCAACACCAUGAGUACAACUGGAAGAUGUCUGGAAUGACAGACUGUAGUGCCUCCUGUGGGAGGGGUUCCAGGUAUACCGUAUUCCUCUGCAUCCACAAAGUCACUCUUCAACCAGUGACUGAGAGCCUGUGCGACAGUGCCAGAAGGCCCAGCUCCACAGAGGAGCCCUGCAACACAGAGCCUUGCCCCGCCUUCUGGGACAUUGGCGAGUGGUCGGAGUGCAGCAGGACCUGUGGGCCGGGCCACCAGCAACGACAGGUUCUCUGCAGGCAAGUUUAUGCGAACCGCACCCUCAAUGUACACAUCAGCCGCUGCCGACACCUGGAGCGCCCAGAGACCAUGAGCACCUGUCAGCUAAAGAUCUGCAGCGAGUGGCAGAUCCGUACUGAGUGGAGCGCAUGCUCAGUGCCUUGCGGGGUGGGCCAGAGAUCUCGAGAGGUACGUUGUGUUAGCAAUGUCGGUGACAUUGUGGCAGAUGAGGACUGCAACAUGAAGAUGCGCCCCAGUGACCUGGAGAAUUGUGACAUGGGCCCGUGCACCAAGAGUUGGUUCUUCACUGACUGGGGUAGUCAGUGUUCAACUGAGUGUGGAUUUGGGGUGAGGACUCGCUCUGUACUGUGCUUAUCCAGUCACAUCAGCAGCUUGCCACUGGAGGGGUGUGGGCCAGAGCGCCCCCCAGAGUCCCAAGCCUGUAAUAAUGGGCCUUGUGAGAGUCAAAUAGAGUGGUUUACAGGACAGUGGGGUCAGUGCUCCAUGGAGUGUGGGCCUGGCCACCAGCAGAGGGAUGUUGUAUGCCUCAUGAAGACUGAGGAGGGAUUCAGUGUGGUACCUCCUUAUGAAUGCUCCUCCCUGGAGCGCCCUCCAAGCCAGCAGAGUUGCCAGCUCAAGGCCUGUGGUGCCAGGUGGUACCACACUGACUGGAGUGCCUGUUCCAAGACAUGUGAGGGAGGAUUUCGGGUUCGAGAGGUGCGCUGCCUCUCAAAUGACAUGAUGCACAGCGAGGCCUGUGAAGCACACCUGCAGCCAAAGGCCCAAGAAAGCUGCAACUCUGAGCCCUGUGUCCUAGAGAUAGAUGAAAACUGCCAGGACAGAUACUUGAACUGCAAUGUGGUGGUUCAGGCUCGCUUGUGUGUUUACGAUUACUACUGGACAGCCUGCUGCGCGUCCUGCACUCAAGUGGCUCAGUGGCAGUCCAGGUCCCGGGGACACAGAUGACCAAUUCCGUGCCCUGAGCUACCUUGGGUUGCUACUCACCUCUUGAGAUCAGUCCUGCAUGGCCACCGGGUGGACCUGGUCGAAUGAGGGGACAGAUCUUUGCUCUGGGAUAAUAACUGUGGAUAUGCCAUUCAAAUAGAGACAAGAAGAGCAGA